ACCUGAAAUUACUUCACGGGCCGAUGUAUGGGCACUUGGUAUAACAACAAUUGAACUAGCAGAUGGCCAACCGCCUUUUGCCGAUAUGCAUCCCACCCGCGUUAUGUUCCAAAUAGUACGUAAUCCUCCGCCUACUUUAUUACGACCAACAAAUUGGUCUCAGCAAAUUAAUGAUUUCAUAUCGGAGUGUUUGGAAAAAACUGUUGAAAAUCGCCCAAUGAUGGUUGAAAUGAUUGAACAUCCGUUUUUGAACGAACUAUUCGACAACGAUGAAGAAAUACAAGCAGAUAUUCGUGAGCUGCUGGUUUUCUGUAGAGACGCUCCAGCUAUAUAUAAGGAACCAGAAAUAUUCGUUGAUCGUGGUUAUAUAAAACGCUUCGAUGGAAAGCCAGAACGUAUGUAUCCAGAAGACUUAGCAGCUAUCGAGAAUCCAACGGAAGAACUCAUUUCGGACUCACUUAGAAACCGCAUGGAACUUGGCGGGUCUUAUAGUUUUAUCGGAGACAUUUUAUUGUCGCUAAACUCUAAUGAUUUACAACUAGAUUUCGAUGAAGAGUUUCACAUUAAAUAUAAAUUUAAGUCACGUUCACAAAAUUCUCCACACAUAUUUGCUGUGGCUGAUAUUGCUUACCAGGAUAUGCUUCAUCAUAAGGAACCGCAGCAUAUCGUGUUUUCAGGAGAAAGCUUUUCCGGAAAAUCAACCAAUGUCCGUUUACUCAUAAAUCAUUUAUGUUAUCUUGGAUCUGGCAAUCGUGGAGCUACCACACGAGUGGAAAACUCAAUCGAUGCAAUUCAAAUGCUCGUUAAUGCUGGCACACCUAUCAACAAUGAGUCUACAAGAUGCGUGUUGCAGUACUUCCUAACGUUCGGGCAGACAGGAAAACUCAGUGGAGCCGUUUUCAAUAUGUAUAUGCUGGAAAAGCUUCGAGUUUCCACAACCGAUAUGAAUCAACACAAUUUCCAUAUCUUCUACUAUUUUUACGACUUUAUGAAUAGUAAAAAUUUACUAAGAGAAUACCAUUUAAACAGUGAUCGUGGCUAUCGUUGUCUUCGAAUACCUGCAGAAUCCCAACCUACUAAACUAAAAUACCAUCGCGAUGAUCCCAUUGGAAAUGUAGAGAAUUAUAAACGAUUUGAAUCUAUUUUGCAGGACCUUGAUUUUAAUCAUAAACAGCUGGAAACUUUGCGGAAGUUAGAUGGAUUCGUGAGAAAACUAGCGCUAUCAAAAACGCAAGCAGAAGAGUUGGCCAAAUUUUUGAAGAGUGGAAACCACUUGGCACAAGAUGUUAGAACGUCGGGCUAUCGUAAAAGGCAAACAUCUAUAAAACAAUUUUUUACGGUAAAUGACGCUAAUACUUUCACCUAUUGUCAUGAUAUCAUCGGUUUAAUGAACGAGAUCAAUAUAACUCACGAUCCGCCCGAUUGGCGCCUCUUCAUAGACUCAAAUAAAGCCAGUUUAAAAGCAGUCUUGUUAUAUAAAGACAAAAGCAAACCACCCGUUCCAUUAGCGUACAAUACAGAUAAGGUUGAAACGUACAAUAACUUAAAAGUCCUUCUAAAUUAUAUCCAAUAUGAGCAAUUCCAGUGGAGAAUAUGUGCAGACAUGAAAGUAGUAGCCACUGUCAUGGGAUUGCCACCAUCUGGAUGGCCAAGGAAUAUGUGCUUUAUUUGUUUAUGGGACACGAGGUAUGCCGAAGGCCAAUACAACAAAAAAGAUUGGCCACUGCGAGACGAAUAUACUGUUGGAAAUGCAAACAUUAUCAAUAGUCCGCUAGUGAGUCGCGAUAAAAUCCUAAUUCCGCCACUACAUGUCAAAUUGGGACUAGUAACUAAUUUCGUCAAGUCAUUUAUUAAGCGUAAUGAUGCCGCAAAAACAUGUCUUAGGAAUAUGUUUCCUAAACUAUCAUAUGCUAAAAUUGAAGCUGGUAUUUUUAACGGUCCGGACAUUCGCCAAAUGUUAAAAAGCGAAGACUUUACAAAAUCAUUAGAUGCGAAUGCAGCGAUUGCUUGGAGUGCAUUAAAGGUAGUUAUCACUAAUGUUCUUGGCAAUCAGCGUCAUGAAAAUUUCCGUGGAUAUGUCAAUAACCUGAUGGAAGCGUUUUCUAAAGCGAAUGUUCAUAUGUCGCUAAAAGUACAUUUAAUGCAUGCUCAUCUUGACUGGUUAGAGAGACAACUCUCAACCGAAUCUGAUGAGCAGGGAGAACGCUUUCAUCAAAUUGCUGUUCCAAUGGAGGCCCGGUACAAGGGAAAAAAGUUAGACGCCAUGAUAGCUGACUUAUGUUGGUGGCUAAAGAUAGCUAAGGAAAACUUGGACGAUGACGACCUUGAUUGUGAACUUGAAUGUUGA